GGGCGAAAGGGCGGGACUGCAGUACUGUCCAAUGAGUCCGGCCGCUGGCAGGGGCGGGGCGCCGCCACGCAAAGCCACCGGCUCUGGUGGUCCUGUCUGUCCCGGUAGUUGCCACCUCUGCUCUCAGCGUCUGUGCGUGCCCUGCUGUGCCCUGCAGGGAACGGGGAGGCGGCGUCCCUAGGACCUCCGAGAGGUGGAGAUGGACCUCGUGACCUUCGAGGAUGUGACGGUGAACUUCACCCAGGACGAGUGGGCUCUGCUGGAUCCUUCCCAGAAGAACCUUUACCGAGACGUCAUCUCGGAGAUCUUCAUGAGCUUGGCCUCCUUGGGGAAAAGUUGGGAUCAGAAUAUUGAAGACUGGUACAGAAAUCAGGGAAGAAUCUUAAGCAAUCUUAUUGUAGAGAGACAAACAAGUGAGAGCAAACAAGAUAGCCAUUGUGGAGAAACCUUCAGCCAAAUCCUCGACCAUGAUCUGAAAAAGACAAGCCCUACUGGAGUAAAGCUCUGUGAAUGCGGUAUGUGUAGGAGAGCCUUCAGGCCUUCCUCGUCCAGGGAGCCCAUCAGUGCUCAGACUACACAGGAGGCAUGUGAUCACAAGUGUAAGCAGUGUGAGGCAACCUUCUGUAGUUAUCCUUUCCAAGUCAAGGAUGGGCCUUGCAGUGAAGACAAGCCCUGUGCGUGUCAGGAGCGUGAGGAAGCCUUCCUUUCUUUUACCAGCCGUGGUGAAUUUGUGAUACCUCAUACUGAAGGUGGACCCCACAAAUGUAAGGAGUGUGGAAAAGGUUUGCCCUAUCUCAGUGCGCUUAGAAUCCACAAAAGAGUUCACACAGGAGAGAAGCCUUAUCAGUGUGAAUGGUGUGGAAAAGCCUUCAGCUGUUGGGGCUCUGUUCGAAUACACCAAAGGACUCACACUGGUGAGAAGCCCUACAACUGUAAAGAGUGUGGGAAAGCCUUCAGCUCUCUCUCAGGCCUUAAAGGACACAUGAUAAGGCACACGGGCGGUGGACCCCAUAAAUGUAAGGAGUGUGGAAAAGGUUCGCCCUAUCCCAGCUCGCUUAGAAUCCACGAAAGAGUUCACACAGGAGAGAAGCCUUAUCAGUGUGAAUGGUGUGGAAAAGCUUUCAGCUGUUGGGGCUCCGUUCGAAUACAUCAGAGGACUCACACUGGUGAGAAGCCCUACAACUGUAAAGAGUGUGGGAAAGCCUUCAGCUCUCUCUCAGGCCUUAAGGGACACAUGAUAAGGCACACGGGCAGUGGACCCCAUAAAUGUAAGGAGUGUGGAAAAAUCUUUAACUCGCCCAGUGCACUUGGUAAACACGAAAGCACUCACAGGGGAGAGAGGCCGUUUUUGUGUAAAUACUGUGGGAAAGUUUUCAUUCGUUCAACCUCAUUCCAAAAACAUGAAAGAACGCACACCGGAGAAAAACCCUAGGAAUUCAAGCAAUGUGGGAAGGCCUUCAUCUCUAAUUCAAGCCUGCGAGGACAUGUGAUCAGGCACAGUGGGGUUGGGCCUUGUAAGUGUGAAUUUUGUGGGAAUGCCUUUGGCUUCCCCAGUGCAGUUCUUAGGAAUGAAAGUGCUCAGUUGUAUAGGAUUUCUGUGACUCGAGCAUGGAACAUGCAGGGUUCUGAGAAAAUCUUUUACUAGCCUAGGUCAGGUACAGAAAGUAAUUACUGGAGGGGAAACCCUGUUUAGAGAAUAUGGGAAUGCCGUGGGCUGUCAGAUUUUAUCUGGAAGCAUAAAAGGGCUGAAGAAAAACCUUAUAAAUAAAACGUACGUGUGUGUGUGUGUGUGUGUGUGUGUGUGUGUGUGUAACAGCACAGUUUGUUGAGAUGGGCCAGAAGAUGGGUUCUUAAGUUAGGCAUGUUGGCACAGGCCUUUAAUCUCAGUACUUGGGAGGUGGAAGCAGGUGGAUCAAGAGCUCAUGAUCAUCCUCUUCUAUGUAGUAAAUUUGAGACCAGCUUGGGUUACAAGACACUCUGUUUCAGAGGGGUAGCACAAGCCUUACAUCCCAGUGUUUGAGAGGCAGAUGAAUCUCUGAGAGUUCAAGGCCAGCCUGUUCUACGCAGUGAGUUCCAGGGUCUUACUAAGUAAGACCCUGUCUAAAUAAAGGGGUCGAGGAUGUUCAGUGGUUAAGAGUGCUUGCUGUCCUUCCAGAGAACCCAGGUUCUGUUCCCAGCACAUCUUACAACUGUAAGUCAAGCUCCAGGACAUUUGGAUCUCUCUCUGGCCUCUGCAGGCCCUGCACUCAAUUUACACACACAUGUAGUUUUAAGAAGAUGGUUAUUCAAGUUAGUACUCAGAUAGGUUACAGUGGUUGCUAUGGAGAAGGCUUUGGGGUGGAAUGCAUAAGGCAGUUAAGUACGAGGCCUAUGGGGAUUUUAACUGUGGCAUUAGUUCUCUGUGGCAAUGGUUCUCUCUUCCCACCUUUCCAGGGGCAGAACUCAAGUUAUCAAGUUGGCAGCAGGAACUUUUGCCUGCUGAGCCAUCUUGUGAUUAGAUCUUGCUAUCAGGAUGCCUCAAACUCUGAAGUAAUUCCAGACUAUCUUCGUUUGGGUUUUAUUGCUGUGAAGAGACACCAUAGUCAUGGCAACUCUUAUAAAAAACAUUUAAUUGGGUCUGGCUUACUGUUAUUUUAAACAAAUCUCAUCAAUUUUACAGUAAAGACUUGGAAGCCAGCUACAGGAGAAAGCACCCAGCUGACCUUUCUCCUCAGCCGAUAUCCCAGAAGGAAAAGCAAGCUCUUCUCCACAUACUCUCAAAAACCUUCAAACUGAAUGUCCCUCCCUUCUACUUCCUGUGCAUCUCUUGCUCCCCCUCUGUCCUCUUGACAUCCUCUUCUUCUGUUUUUUUUCCUAUGUACACUCCCUGUCAACUGGUUGCUUGCUCCUCCUCUUGACCUAUGGCUCACUUUAUUUAAUCCUGUUCAAGCAGAAAGCUCUUGGAUUGAAGGUGUGUGCUGGGGCUGAGCCAUACCACAGCUAGAAACAGGUUUUUUCCAGUAAACAACACACUCUGGAGGUUCACAGUGUGAUGAAAUAUCCUGUAACCUCUUACAGUUUUAGUACAUUGUCGUGGUAAGAAUCAUGGUGGCACGUAGCCAGACAUGGUUCUGGAGAAGGAACUGAGUCAGACAUCUGGAUCCACAGGCAGGAAAAAAGAGACUGUCCACACUGAGCGUAGCUUGAGCAUAUGAGACCUCAAAGCCCACCCCCACAAUGCCACACAUCUUCCAACAAGGACACACUUCCUAAUAGUGCCACUCCCCGUGGCCAAGCAUUUGAACACGUAUAUGGGGGCCAUUCCUAUUAAAACCUCCACACGGAGUAACAUCUGAAACAGUUUUCACUUCAUAUGUGAGUAUGGUGGGGGAUGUGUUCUUCUGGAGGUCAGAGGACAACUUGAGCCCAUUCUUUUUUUCCUUUACCUGUGUUUUGGGGAUCAAACAUGUUACCACACUUGCCCAGCAAGUGCCUUUACCUGCUUGCUGAGUCAUCUUGUCAGCUCUAAUUGUUCGUUUUCCUGCCUGUCUCAGCCUCCCAAGUGCUGGGGUUAAAGAUGAGUACCAUCAUGCCUGGGUUAUUUUUAUUAAUUAGCAUGUGUAUAUGUAUGUCUCUGUGCAUAGGUUUGUGCAAACAAGUGCAGGUGGUCACAGAAGCCCGAGAAGUUAGCUCCCCCCACGCUGGAGUUUCAGGCAGUUGUGAACAGCCUGACAUGGAUGCUGGGAACCCAACUAGGGCCCCCAGAAGAGCAGUAUGUGCUCUUAAGUGCUAAGUCAUCUCUCCAGCCCUUGGUUUUUGGGUUCUUGAGGACAUGCUCAGUAAAGACAAAGUGGGACUUCAGUCCCCUCCUUUGCUCUCUUUUCCUUCCGAGCUGUGAGGUGAGCUGACUCACUGUGCCAAGAUCCUCUAUGAUGUGCAUCGAGACAGGCCUGAAACAGUGGGGCUCAACACUCGUGGACUGGAGCCUUCUAAACUGAAUAAAAAUAAGCAUUAGCAUUACAGAUUGCAAAAAAAAAUUCUGUGUGUGUAUAUUUCUGAGUGUGUAUAUUUCACGCGUGUGUGCGUAGGUGCCCCCAGUGUCCAGAAGAGGGUGUCGGUUACAAGUGGUUGUUGAGCUUCCCAGUGUGGACACCGGGAACUAAAUUUGGGUCCUCUGCAAGAGCCAGUGCUCUUAACUGACGAGCCAUCUCUCCAGCCCCCAGCACAAAAGGUUCUGUGAGGCAGGGUUCCAUCCAUGAGGACGCAGACAUUCUUAAUCACCUCUCACGGCUCCUACCUCUUAAUACUGUUGCUUUAAGAACUAAGUUUCAAUAUUUACAUGAAAGUUUCAAGAUUUUACAUGAAAGUGACAAGAUUUUUGUAAAGACCAUUAAGAAAAACUUAGGUGUGUGUGUGCGUGUGUGUGUGUGUGUGUGUGUGUGUGUUCCCUCGGAGGCAGAAGAGCAUCUCAGAUCCCUUGGAGCUGGAGUUACAGACAGUUUUGAUCCUUCUGACAGGCGAUAGAGAAGAACAGCAACUGCUAACCAUUGAGUCAUCUUUCCAGGCCUUUUUUUUUUUUUUUUCCUGUUUGACACAACUUAGAGUCACACAUGAAGAGGGAACCUCAAAUGAAUUUUAGCCUUGACUGUCCUCAAUUAAGUUUGUGAUAUGGAAGUGUUAAGUUGAAAUAAACUCUUUCCUCCCA